AUGUCCACUCAGAUUUACAUCUUCUUUGUAGAAAAUAGGAUUUCUGCUCAAUCGGUGACAUUCAGCGAUAACUUAUUAGACAAAGAAAAAAUUCAUGAUCUCAUUUUAAAAUCUUUGCUAGGUUUACAGGCUUCAAAAUCUUUGUAUAGAGCAAGCCGCUGCCAUUGGGCUAACAAGCCAGCGUCUGUUGUUGUAUUAUUUCCGAAGGUCCAAUGCUCUAAAGAUCUGCCACCAGUCAUUGUUAUAGCUGAAAAUACAAUCAAUGCUGAUUUCAUGGAAGAUUUAAUCAAGUAUUGUUUAUCACUACAUGAGGAAUACAAAAUCUCACCAUAUGUACUUAUUUUUUUGACUGGAGGAUUUUCAGAUGAAGAGAUCAAAUCUAAAUUCAAGGUGGAAAACAAUUCUUUUAUGAUGGAAGCAAAUUGUAGUUUUUGGUCAGAUAAUUGUUAUGUAUUAUGUAAAGAAUCUAUUGCUGGUUUUGUCAAUGAAUAUCCAAUGCAAGAAUUUAUUGCAUUAGCUUAUUGUAUAGUCGACACAGAAAACAGUCUAUACAGCGAUGACCCAAUUGUUAAAUAUUUUGUUAAUUUGGGCAAAUAA